AUGAUUGCCGGACCCACACCAAAUUUCUCCAGCGCGUUCAACGGCGCCGCCGUCGCCACCCCGGCCAAGUCGUCCUCCGCCAUGAAGAUGUCGUUCGAGUCGGAGAUCGGCGCGCAGCCCCCCCUCGGAUUCUGGGACCCGCUCGGCCUCCUCGCCGACGCGGACCAGGAGCGGUUCGAGCGCCUCCGGUACGUGGAGGUGAAGCACGGGCGCAUCGCUAUGCUCGCCAUCGCCGGUCACCUGACCCAGCAGAACGUCCGCCUCCCCGGCAUGCUGUCGAACUCGGCGAACCUGUCGUUCGCGGACAUGCCAAACGGCGUGGCCGCUCUGUCGAAGAUCCCCCCGGCGGGCCUCGCGCAGAUCUUCGCGUUUGUGGGCUUCCUUGAGCUGGCUGUGAUGAAGAACGUGGAGGGCUCCUUCCCCGGAGACUUCACGAACGGCGGCAACCCGUUCGCCUCCUCGUGGGACGCGAUGUCGGAGGAGACCCAGGCGUCGAAGCGCGCGAUCGAGCUGAACAACGGGCGCGCGGCACAGAUGGGCAUCCUGGCUCUGAUGGUACACGAGGAGCUGAACAACAAGCCGUACGUGAUCAACGACCUCCUCGGCGCGGGGUACACCUUCAACUAAACCACCCACCCACCCACUUUUACGUUCCCUGACGUAGCGAAGCGUUCCCCGUAGGUUUUGACUAGAAGGGCUGACCUUUUUGUGUUGGUUGGUGGAGCGGGUGUUGUGGUGUGCUGCACGUGCCCCCGAUGCACCUUAGCUCCCCAAUACGAGUGUCUUUCCUAGAUUUUUCUCGGGGUUAGAGAAACAAACGUUUACGCAACCCUUUUACGAAGCGGUUCUUGAGGUCUUGAUUGUUGACGAUUGUUGACUAGACAGCGCCGUAGUUGGAUGUUUGAGCGAAACUGCUGGGUUCGUCGGGGUAUUCAAGAUAGGCCCGUGGUCAAUUGUAGUCCUUCGCUUCCUGUUUUGUCGUGGAUGCAGGACUCAUAUUCUGUUUGUUUCCCUCCGUGUAUGUGUCCAGCCUUGCGUUCGAUGAUGAUUAGUCGUGAGUGUUUCCCCUCUACGGGACGAUUUCCUGCGGAAAAGGACAAGACAAUGGAAAUUCCUCAAUUUGUGCACGUCGUGGUCUCACGUGGCAAGGAUGUGGGCCAUGGUCACACGCCGUUUGUUGACUCGCAGGUAAUACCGAGGCAGAACGGGCCCGCCCGGCCGGGAGGCGGGACCAGAGUGUCCCGCCGUCCGACCUGUGUGCAUCGGACUCAGGAUGUUGGCGUGCGUUGUUCAGAGCCUUCUCUUUGUAGCCUUGACUAUGAAGGUGCAAUAUUCACAUACCAGCAUUACUUCCGGGACGCUGUCGAUCCCAUAACUGUUAGAUGCUUCGUAUUGACAACCUUGGUCCUAAGUAUCAGCGCUUACUCGAGCGCGCGAAGUUGAUAUUUUGGACGCAAGAAGCACGCUUCCUCUUGCUGCAGAUGUGUUUUGCCCGAAACUUUCAGACGCUUUGUAUUUGGCGACCUCGGUCCGAAGCG